GUUUUGACUCAAAAAUGUCGAACUGGUAAUUAAUCACAAUUGUGAGUUACUGAGUUUUUGUUUGUUUUUGAAAGCUGUCGUUUCUGGUUCAGUACUUCUGGGAACAUAAACGAUUGUCUUUGGCUAGUGUCCUGCCAAGACGGCAUAUGGAUGAAAGCAACGAUUUACUUCGUUACUCGUCGCCAAACGACUUGUUGUCGACAUUCAAAAGAAUGGAUACCUUUCGAACGAACACUCAGCUUUGUGAUGUAACCUUAAUGGCAGGCGAGAGAAAGAUUCGGGCACACCGUGUGAUUAUGGCAGGAUUUAGUGAUUAUUUUGACGCCAUGUUUAAUGGCGAUCUAGCCGAAACUAUUCAAGAUGUAAUACAUAUCAGAAACGUCGAUCCAGAUGCCUUGGCUGCCAUUGUAGAUUAUGCCUACACAGGAAAACUUGAAAUACGCGUUGAUAAUGUCGAGAACUUGCUGACUGUCGCAUGUUUAUUGCAAGUGGAGAAUGUGAAACACAGAUGUUGCGAGUUUAUGCAGCAACAUUUGCAUUCAACCAACUGUCUUGGAAUACGAGCUUUUGCCGAGGGCCAUGGCUGUGGAGAGCUUUUCGCAGCCGCGGAUAACUUCACAAAGGAGAACUUUCUGCAGGUUAUUAUUAGGCCAAGUAAAAAAAACAAACUUGGUUUAUUAAGUAGCGUCCUUUCCCCCUAUAUUUUAGGGUAUCUGGGUAUGGGGGAAGGUUUUUUAUUUGCACCUAAAAUCAGCCUAAUUCCCAGGGGCCCCGUUUUCGCUGGUCACAACAUCAGUUUUAACAGUCAAUGGAAUAGCUUAAACAUUUAUAAUGGUAGUAACAAGCAGAAACAUACAGACGUUAUCAAAAGAGUAAACAUUUGUUGUUAAACAUUGUUCCUGGCUGGGCAGCAAACGAAGAUGUUAUGUGAAUCCGGUACAGUGUAAACGGGGAAUUAAUAUAUCAAGGAUUUCUAGCAAUCAACAGUUGACUACUGUAGCUCUGUUGUGUAUAUCACAACCCAGCACUAGUCAACUGCUGACAAACGUAAAUAUGAAAUAAAAAAAGUUGGGUCGGGAGCUUUUUCACUGGUCGGGAAGGGAUGCUAACCAAGUUGUUGUUUUUUUUUUGCCUUUGCUUGCUGACCUGGGUCAGAUUUAGGUUGGCAUUGUUUUGCCGACCUCAAUUUUGACUUGUUUUUCAAGGGGAUGAGACUUCCCAUUGUCAAUUUGGCCACAGCUACAAUAUUGAUUUAUAAAGGUGUUGGUACAUGAUAGUGUACGAAGAAGGUGGUGUAAAAAUGUGGGCUAUCCAAGGCCGGAUUUUGGCAGAAAUAGUGGGGGAGGUGAAAAAAAAAUUAGGGAAGGUGCAGCGGUUUAGCUCACGACCCCCAUGGAAAGUUAGGGCUUAGAACAGAUCGAAGUCAACGACAUGACAUAUGCAUGUAGUGUCAGGGUCUUAGCUAGAAGGCCGUGUUGGCCGUGUUAUUGCGGCCAAAAAUGUAAAAACACGGCUAGAUGAAAUGAACGCGGCUUUAUUAUUUAGUUUUGGCCGUGCAUGUAGGUUCAUAAAAUAAGGUGUUGCUACUUAACAACAUACAGAAUUUCUUUGUAAAAUCUACUGUAGUUGUUGAAAUUGAUAAAAGUGAUCCGUGAUGUUUUGAUGGAUAAUGGGCACCGUAGUGUUUUUAAAAUGGUUUUAAAUGCCCAAGAAUUGCUAAAAUACAGUAAUUAAUUAUAAUGUCAGUGCGAAAUAUGAGCGUAUGCUCGCCUUGUAUUUGGUUGAAAAGCAUAGAACAACCACAGGUAUAGUCUAUUGUUGACAUUAAGUAUAACUGGAGUCGUGUUUUUGGCUAUUCAAGGCAAUUGACAUGGGCACACCCUGGAAAUUUAGAAACACGCCCAAACUAUAAAAUGCUAGCUAAGACCCUGUGUAGUGUACAUAUGUAUGAAUCAGUGUAUUAAUGAAUUAUAUAUGACUGUACAACUCAUCCAAUUUUGCCCUUCAUUACAAUUACUACAAAGUUUCUUUCGAAACAUUGCAUUAAAAAGGUACUUGACACAGAGAUGAAUGGCUAUCACUGUUUCAAUUUUACAGAAAAACUUUCUUACGAAGUGUAGACCCUAAGCAAAUUUUCACUUUCAUCUGUGAUUGAAACUUUUCCAAGGCGAGGUGCAAAAAUUCUCAGGGGAGGUGCAAAAUGAUCUCAGGGGAGGUGCGCACCUCCCCUCAAAAUCCGGCUGUGGGGCUAUCCAAAUAAUGAAUCUCGACAUCAUGGACAUACGCAUUGUCAAAUCUAAAGCUCUCUAUUUUGGCCCAGGGUGGUUUUUUUUUACCUAGGGGAAUAUAAAUAGCACAGAAUAGAAUAGUUAUUUGAUUACAGUAAUUGUUGUGUCCGUAUACCUUUUUUAGGUCAUUGAAAGCAAGGAAUUCCAAAUUAUUAACGGGAACCAGUUAGUGGAAUUAUUUGCUAGUGAUGAUUUAAAUGUGAAUACGGAAGAAGAUGUGUUCUCUGCGAUGGAGAAAUGGGUUCAAUUUGAUUGUGCAAAGCGAAAGCCAUUUGUCAGCCAGUUGCUGGAGAAUAUUCGAUUGCCGUUAAUGAGCUGCAAGUUACUUACAGAUCGUGUUGAGAAAUCGCCUGUAUUUGCUCUUAGUGAUUGUGGGAAUGACCUCUUGUUAGAAGCAAUGAAAUAUCAUUUGUUACCCGAAAGACGUGCACAAAUGCAGAACCUGCGAACAAAGCCCAGAAAGUCCAAUGUAGGACUCUUAUAUGUUGUUGGAGGUUUGUUUAUGCACAUGUAUCUUUGAACAGUUAACAUUAAAUAACGUAAGGUAUUAUACCAUACUGUAAGCUCCCCCUGUUAAUUAAUCAAUCCAUGAUAUGGCAUUUUCAAUGUGCUUUCUCAGAUGAGGUAUUACUUUCAUGGCAAAAAGAUCAAUACUUGAUAUACUGUACUGUAUCCAUUGUUGGGUAAGGUUAAAUCAAUUACAAAAAUGAACUGAUGAGGGCAGCUCUAUAACAUUUUUAUAAUUAUUACUUCUCCACAGGAGUUGAAUCGUAUCAAGGAAAUCGAAAUGCAAAAGGUAAAUCAUAAAAAAUACUUAUAGUUAAUCAUAAUUAAAUUAAUUUUGAAUAAUCUUUAGUUAUCUCAUUUGAUGAAAACAAAAACGUGAUCAACAGC